UUCACAGCAGCCAUGUGCAGGAGAGUUAGAUCUGUCAAGGAAUGAAUAUUAUGAUGGAGCCAUUUCAGAAGGUGAAACACGUGGUGGUAGAUUCCGGGGCGUUUAUUAAAAAUGCAAACAUACAGACGGUUGGUGAAAGUAUUUAUACUCUGUCUGAUGUAGUGGCAGAAAUACGAGACCAGGCUACCAGAGAGAGACUGCAGGUUUUGCCAUACACACUACAGUCCAGGGAGCCUCCUGCAGAGGCUAUCAAGUUUGUGACGGAGUUUGCUAAGAAGACAGGGGACUACCGCAGCCUGUCCGCUACUGACCUGAAGGUGAUAGCCCUAACUUACCAGCUGCAGAAGGAGUGGGUGGGGACAGAGAACAUCAGACAACAGCCACAGAAAAAGGGAGAACUUAUAACAGCACGGAAAUUGUUAGACAAUCCUGCUGAGAUUGCUGGUUUUUACUUGGACAAGAAAGGAGAUAAACAGAAGACAUUGACAACAGACACUGCCUCUAAUACAGGAAAGGAAGAAGAUUUCCAUUCCAGCACAGAGAUUGCUUCAGGGUUGUCAAGCUCAACACCUAGGGCUUCUAACACUGAUAAAGACACAGUCAAGGCUGAAAAGGCUGAUAUAGUGCUGGAACCACUGCAACAGUUAGGGUUAGAGGACACAAAGCAUGCUCAUGGCAAAUGUCAGAGUUCAGAGGCCCAGGGUUCAAGUGAUAGCAGCACAGGGGCAAGGACUGUUGAUCAGACUACUGAUAUAAACAAAAAUGGUUUAUCUGGGAGUGGAGGGGAUGUCAAUGUGGGUGAUGGGUUAGAGAGUCACUGGCUAGCUGAGGGAGAGACUCUGAGUGUGGACUUACUGGAGUCAGAGUCUGAGGAGGAGUCAGAUGAGGAAGGCUGGAUCACACCCAAAAACAUCAAGGCCAUGCAGGAGAGACUGGGAGAUGUCAACACUGAAAAGGCUUCAGUCACUGUGGCAUGCCUGACCACUGAUUUCUCCAUGCAGAAUGUGAUAAUACAAAUGGGCCUCAACGUUAUCUCUGUUAAUGGUAUGCUGAUCAAACGAGCAAAGAGUUACGUUCUGCGAUGCUUUGCCUGCAUGAAAAUAACGAGUAAUGUUAGCAAACAGUUCUGUCCUCACUGUGGGAACCACACAUUACAACGAGUUUCCAUGACAGUUGAGCAGGAUGGUUCAGUGAGAUACUUUCUGUCCUCACGGAAACCAGUCAGCACAAAGGGGCUGAAGUAUUCCCUGCCAGCUCCAAGGGGAGGUAAGCAUGGUAACAACCCCAUCCUGUGUGAAGACCAGCCCCGUCCACAACAGAGAGAAGCCAAGAAAGCACAGCACAGCCUCAAUGUGUUUGAUCCAGAUUACAUCGCUAACCAAUCACCAUUUUCCCUGAAUGACACGACAAGCCGUGCCGCUCAGUUAGGGAUCAGACAUAAAGGGGCCUGGAACAAACGCAAUCCCAAUGUCGGAAAGAAAAAGAGUGGACGGAGAAAAUAGAUUCAUCGAUAGUGCAGAGACGAACUAAAUACAUCAGACUUGAUCCUGUAUUUAAUGAAUAAACAUCAUACA